AGACGCCGCGACUCCCUCCAUCACAACUACGCGUAACUGUGCCUGCUGUUUGACUGGGUGUUGAAUCACAAGUUGCAGCUAAGAUGCUACUUUGCGUCCUGUGUCUGUUCCUUGGCUGCCUGACUCUGUCUGAAGGAGGACAUCUCAACAUCAGCUGCAAGCCUUGUGUGUGUAGUGUGGCAUCAAAUGGAAAAAUUAUCGCCAAUUGUUCGGACAAAGAUCUAUCUUACAUCCCCGAAACGAUUCCAAAUUCAGUAUCAUACCUGUGUUUGUCUCAUAACAGAAUUAAUCCUCUGUCAGGUCGUUGGUUUCAACGGUUCACCAUAUUGGAACAUCUUGACCUAUCCUUCAAUCAACUAAAAAGUUUGCAAGUGGGCACUUUUAUCGGAGCUACAAACCUGCUACAACUGAGUCUCCAUGGAAACAAUCUUCCGCUAAACGAGACAGCAUAUCCAGACGGGAUAUUCAGACAGCAGAAAAGAUUGCAUACUCUGAACAUUGGACAGAACAGCAAGGUCGCAGAUUCAGUGUACCCAGAUAAAGCUCUGAGCGAUCUUACUGCUCUUCGGACACUUGUCAUUGAUGGUGUACGUAAUGCCACGUUUGGGAAUGGAUUUUCGAAACUCAAGAAUCUUACUAAGCUUACGGUAUCAGGGGAAAGGGGCUACUGUUCAAUUCAAAAGCUGCUGAAUACAUCUUUCCUUCACAUUCCGUCUGUCAGGUACCUGGACAUCAGCAAAUGUGGAAUCUACUCUAUUGAAACAAGUGCAUUUUGGCCACUGAGGCAUAUUGAUACUCUAGACAUCUCCAACAAUCAGUAUCUAGGAUUUGAUAGCCUUGGUGAAGCUGGAUAUGGGCUUCGGUUUUCAUCUCUAAGAGUAUUAAAGAUCAACAGGAUUGUGACAACAUUUGCCAUAGGAGUUCACAUAAAGCAUCACAAUAUGAGGUAUUUCACUGAUCUUAAUGUAAAGGAGAUCUAUAUAGAUUCAAACAGAGUGGAACUGAUCGAUCAGGAAUGCAUCAGACUUUUAAAAACUGUGGAACUGGUAUCCAUGAAACACAACAGAGUGACAUUUGGAUCCUAUCUCCUGAGUCUGAAUGAACUGACAAAUUUACGUAAAAUCCAUGUUGAAAACCAGUACGCAUCUAAUAUCCCUCUUGUUGAUGCUGGUACAGUCCCAACUCCCUCCGAGAAUCCUAGGCUGCCUUCAUCUGAGGCUCAACCAGUGGUUCAAUAUUCACGAAUAUGCACGCGUGCCUGUGAGGCAGAAUGUACCAAUAGCUCUUUGUGCUGGAACUAUCAUAAUAGUUAUUAUUACAAUGCAGAAUAUGAAAAAAACAUAAUCAUUGACUUAAGUAUUAAAAUACUGCUACCUCCAAAUGUAACAUAUGCAAAUGUUAGCAACAGUAAAUUGAACUAUCACAUUGGUGAGCUUAACUUCAAUAGAAACCAACUUAGAACAGUCGAUUUAUCCCACAAUGUCUUAACAAGGUGGAUAGGGCCAUUACAUGAAUCUCACACAGUUGAAUACCUGGAUCUCUCUGACAAUUACUGUACAUAUAUAGCUCCAACAUUUUUCAUGUUUGCUAGUGGCCUAAAAAUCUUAAAUAUAAGUAGAAAUUACCUCUCAGUGGCUCUUCAAGCGGACAGAAAUGGGCAGAUAUUGUUCAACCAAUCAAACUUGGAAGUACUAAGAAUCUCAAAUAAUCUUAUUCGGGAACUGCCUUCAUCAAUAUUCAAGAGACUUACCAGACUUCAGGUUCUUGAUUUAAGUUGGAACAUGAUGACCUCUUGGACUGUUGAGAUUAGCCACAUGACGCACCUCCAUACCUUAGACAUAUCGGAAAACAGAUAUGAAGACAUACCAAUACAACUAACAGAUCAAAUUGACCAAAUAAUGAUUCAUAGAAACGACAGUCUUCACCUAAGCAUCAAGGGCAAUAUCUUGAAAUGUGACUGUCCCACUCUAGACUCAUUAGAGUGGAUUACCAGGCCAUAUAUUUCCAUAAAAGAACCUGGCAGUACACAAUGCAGAUUAUCAAAUGGGGAAGUUAUUACAUUUUUAGAUAUAGGAGAUGUUGUAGUGAAGCUCCGGCUACGAUGUAAAAUUGUAAUUCCUCUGAUAUCCUCAGCAGUGGUUGGAAUAAUAUUUUCCAUGUUCAUAUUUGGAGCUGGUAUGGUAUACCGAUAUCGAUGGAAGCUGCGCUAUCUAUACUACACCACUAGACGGAAGUACAGAGGCUACCAGAGACUGAGAGAAGGUGAAGACCAUUUUACUUAUGAUGCCUUUGUUUCCUAUGCUGAUGGAGACAGAGGGUUCGUUAUCGAAGACAUGCGAACUGUACUGGAGAGACACUAUGGCUUGAGGUUGUGCAUCCAUCACCGUGAUUUCAUGGUUGGGGAAGCCAUUACUGCCAACAUCAUCAAUGCUAUUCAGUCAAGCAGGAAGACCAUUGCUGUUUUGUCACCGGACUUUGCAAAGAGCGCCUGGUGUGACUAUGAAGUCCACAUGGCUAAGCUGGAGAGCAUCCACACUGGAAGAGACGUCCUGUGUGUGUUGUGGUAUACUGACAUACCCGACACGAGAAUCCUCAGUAGAGAUAUCCGGGACCAGAUCAAUUAUGACACCUAUAUUAAGUAUCCAACAGUUGAAAAUGAUAAAAGGGAGUUUUGGGAGAAGAUCAAAGCUGCAAUUAGCUUCUAAGACUGAUUCAUAUGCCCCUAGAACCCUCAGCAGAAAGGGAUUGCAUUGUACUUAUGUUAAGUGUGAUCAUUGAUGCUGGCAGGAUAUUAUCAGCAAACAUGUAAUCAGUUUCACAGCAAUAGUGUUACAAAUGUGCAUCUUGCGUGAAUUGCAAGUACAGAGCUACUCGCUGAACUUGAAUAUACUUCAUUGAUAUUUGUUGUGAUUGGUGAUCAGAUAUGGGUAAGGCCGUGAGGAUAAAAGUGUGCAUCACACUAAAAUAGGAAAGAGAAAACAUUUAUUAGUGGACACUAGCUGUGUAUAGUUUGAUAUGAAAUGAGAAUGAGUCUGGAAUUGUUUGUAUUACCAUCGCUGAUUGAAUUAUCAGCAAUGUUAGCUCCAAACGUUCUCACAAGGAGAGAAACGUUUGUACGAAUAAAAAGUAUGCAAAAUGUAAA